AUGAAACUUUUAAUCGUCGUCCUUGGCCUGGCUCUAGCUGUUACAGCGGAAGAAGCUAUCUUCGCUGAUUAUCAUCAAGAGAUCGGCAUCCCCGAAAGGGCUCGCAUAGACGCUGCUGAGACAGCCGUGGACUUCGAUGGUUCCAGGAUCAUAGGAGGGCAGGUUUCAGCCCUAGGGGAUGUACCCCAUUUGGCUGGUCUACGAAUCACUUUGACCACCGGACAAACAUCAGUUUGCGGAUCUUCUCUUAUUAGUAACACCAGACUGGUCACUGCUGCUCAUUGUUGGAGAAGUGGUAGUUUCCAAGCUAGCCUUUUUACCGUUAUUCUUGGAUCUGUUAACUAUAAUUUUGGUGGCGUUCGUAUCAACACCAACGAUGUCGUUACGCAUCCCAAUUAUAACACGAAUAGCCUCAAUAACGAUGUUGCUGUGAUUCGCAUCAAUUCCGUUACUUUCAACAACAACAUUCGGCCCAUCGCGUUAGCCACUGGCUCCAACAACUAUGUCGGUGCUACGGCUGUAGCUGCUGGUUUCGGAAGAACGAGUAAUUUCGGCGGAGUAUCAAGUGUAGCGAGACAUGUAAGCCUGCAAGUAAUUGAUAACAACACAUGUGCUAGCAUAUAUGUCCCCGGAACCGUCGUCGAUUCCACUUUAUGCACUUCUAAUAGCGGUGGCAGAAGCACCUGCGGAGGUGAUUCAGGAGGCCCUCUCGCGAUCGGCAAUACAUUGAUUGGUAUCACUUCCUUCGGUUCAGCCGGCGGUUGCACGGUAGCUCCAGCUGGUUUUGCCAGAGUUACUUCGUUUGCUUCAUGGCUCAGCGCACAAUAGACUCCACAUACAAUAGACUCCACGUGCUAUUAUUUAAAUAAAUAUUUUGAUUCAA